CUUUUUUCUCUCUCUCUCUCUCUCUCCUCCUUCGUUAAAGGCAGAAAGGUGGGAAAGAGGAUUCGAAAAUGCUGGACACCAUCCAUGCCACGAUCUUGGAGGGCGGGAGGAACGUCUUCCUUACACUUCCCAAGCUCACUGCAGAAGAUAUCCUUGGUAUUUGGGGCACUGUUUCAGAAUUUGUUGAAAAGCAACUUUCCAUGAAUAAGGGUGUCUUAAUACCAGGGUUGGGGACGUUCUCCUUCUUGAGACAGAAGCUUGAAGUCGGUAAUAACAAGUACAUCCUCAUACAGCGGCCUGUGUUCCUUCUAUCUGAGAAACUUGCGCAGAUCCAUGGGCUGAAGUUUAACAAAAUACACACUCCCGGUGAUAUCCCAAUUGUUCCGCUAAAUUUCAUAGUGUUAUCCCUGGAGGGCCCUUUCAACAGGGAGACCGUGGAAGGAUGUGUCCGAGAGACGCUGUUGUCUUUCUCGCGGUCCAUCGCCACCAAGCAGACGGUCGAGUUCACCUUCAAAGGGAUUGGUGUCCUGGUGAUCAAGGACAACAGGGUGAAAAUGAAGUUUUACAAAGACUUCCUUCGCGCCAUGGAUGGAAGUGGGAAUCUCCUGAAGGCGCUUACAAACAGGCCAGGCACAGGGGACUCGGUGCUGUCAGCCAAAGAAACUGCUCUUCCACAUUCAUGCACCGGUAACGUGGUUUUGUAUCCAAGCCACCGUAGGGUUGAGAUGGGAACCAUCCCCGAAGAAGGUGAGAAGACCAGGAAGGUAAAGGAGCAGCCAGAGAAAGAAAACAGCAAAAAAGAAAAUCUCUCGCCCAAGCGCCUUCUGUCUCGCCAGCUGAUUACUCCGGCCAAAGUCUCAGGGGUCUGUUUGACCGAAGAGUAUGAGAAGAACUUGAAACCCAAGCUGCCUCCGCAAAGGCAAGGACCGACAACAACGCCCGUUCGUGAAGCCCCGAAGACAGAGCAAGAAGCCAGCCCCGCCAAAAUUCCUGCCCUCAGACCCCGGACUCCAUCCCCCGUUUGUCAAGAUCAUGGUAGGGCAGGCCAGGAAAUGUGCUACUUGUGCAUGCAACGUGCUCAGAGGAACAUCCCUUUGUACUUGGGUGAAGACAAGAGGAGGAAAGAGAAGGAAGAAGACAGGAUAUUGGCACAGUAUCAGGCCCUAAAGGAUCACGAAGCCUUUCAGAGGCAGCUGAUGCGAGCGAUGACAAAUCGAGAAGAGAACCAGAGAGUUGCGGCUUUUAACCUCGGGGUUGCCGAAGCCACCAGGAACCACAAGCACGAUAAAGAUUUGGACUGCUACAAAUCGUACAUCUUUGAGAAGAGGCCAACCAGUGCCACCUUUCAUCAAAAGCAAGAGGUGUACGCACAGCAGCUGGGGAAGCAAGUGGACGACAAGAUGGCAAGAGAGUUGAAGCUGAAGCAGGAUCAGGACCUCAUUGACCGCCUGGAGCAAGUCCAGCUGGCAGAAGAGUUAGCUGCCCAAAGAGCAAGAUACCUGAAGGACAAGAUGGAAGAAACACAGUGUUAUAAGAGAGCACUGGACACGCAGAUAAAGAUGAGGCCAGCUCCGUUGCCAGAGUACGAGCCUGAUUCGGCUGGGGUCAUCUUUGGGAAGAACGACAUGACUAACGAAAAAUUGGGAGAAAGAAAGAAGCGCUCCCAGGAAUAUUCCAAAUGCCAGCUGCAGGCGGCUGCGGAACAGAAGCGGGCGGCCAUCCUCAGAGAGCUGAUUGAUCAGAGGAGAGCAGCAGAUAUGCUUCAGAGAGCGAAGGAACAGUUGAUGGCUGAAAAAGGAGAGCGGCUAGAGAAGAUCUUCCAGAUGAACCUAGCUGUGCAGGAGGACUGGAAGAAGAGUGCUGGAAUGAAGAGGCAGCGGGAUUACGAAGAGCAGAUCUUUAGACGCGCUGGCGACAAGCUCCUGCUGCUCGACCAGUGCGCCAGGUAUCGCCGCUGCUACCAGUGUAAGAGGCGCAUGAGCAACUGCGGGGAAGCAAAUGUUUUGGCGGACAGCAAAUACAUCCCUGGAUCCCGGUUGGCAGUUUGAAGCAACUUCGCUGCUUUGCUUCUUCCCUUGCCCUCUUUCAU